AUGGUUCGCAAUAUUAUUGUGCUCGGUGGUAACACCCAUCCUGAGCUAGUCAACAGUGUUUGCAACAACCUGGGCCUGAACCCUUGUGAGCGCGUUCUGUCCAAGUUCUCAGUUGGCGAGAGUCGCUGUGAGAUCAAAGACUCUGUGCGCGGCAAGGAUGUCUUUAUCAUACAGACUGCGUCUGGCUCUGUCAACGAUGGCUUCAUGGACCUUUGCAUCAUGAUAUCUGCCUGCAAGACCGGCUCCGCCAAAAGAGUCACUGCCGUCAUGCCUCUGUUCCCGUACUCGAGACAACCCGACGUCCCCUACAGGAAGUCUGGCGCGCCCCUCUCCAAGUCAUCGACAGAAGCCUCCAAGAACUACACCUUCGAGAGUGUGCCUUCCACCCCCGGUCCGGGCAUUGCGCGCAGCGCUGGCCUCCCCAACGGCAUUGAUGGCAUUGCCUCUAAGCUAGCCAAGAGCAAGCUCAACGAGGAGCGAACCAACGGCAUGAACGGAUCAUCUGAAUACUUCAAGAACGGCGAACAUAAGACCAAUGGCAACAGCAAUGGCAACGGCCGUCCCCACCAGGAUUCUGUCUCUUCGCAAUUCAGCUACACCACCCACGACUACGAGAACCAGAAUCAUAUCAACGGCUUCCAGUCCAAGCCUGGCUACAAGCAGUGGGUUGCCCAAGCUGGCACACUGGUUGCAGACCUAUUGACUUGCGCUGGAGCGGACCAUGUGGUAUCAAUCGCUAAUGAUUGCAGGAUGGAUCUUCAUGAUCCUCAAUACCAGGGCUUCUUCGAUGUCCCCGUCGACAACUUGUACGGCAAGCCUCUCAUCAAGAGGUACAUUCAGCAGAAUAUCCCCCACUACAAGGAUGCUGUUGUUAUUAGCCCCGACGCUGGCGGUGCCAAGCGCGCUACUGCCAUCGCCGAUGAGCUGGACAUGGCUUUCGCCCUGAUUCACAAGGAGCGACGCCCGACCAAGUACACCGAGCAGCGCAACGCCAGCAUGAUGCUGGUGGGCGAUGUCAAGGACAAGGUCUGCAUCCUCGUCGACGAUCUCAUCGACACCGGCAACACCAUUACCAGAGCUGCCAAGUUGCUCAAGAAGGAGGGCGCUACUCACAUCUACGCCCUUUUGACCCACGGUAUUCUCAGCGGUGACGCCAUCCCGCGUAUUAACGCUUCGGCCAUCGACAAGAUGGUCGUCACCAACACGGUCCCUCAGCGGGAUCACAUGCGACUCUGCCCCAAGCUUGAGUACCUGGACGUCUCCCCCGUCUUUGCGGAGGCCAUUCGCCGUGUCCACCACGGCGAGUCCAUCAGCGUCCUUUUCCAGCAUAAUUAA